AAGAGCGUCUCCUGCCGUCUCAGCAGGGGGAAAAAGCAGGUGAUGUUGGAUGGACAAGCGUCGUGAGCCGUCGGAUUAACGUGUGAAAAUUUUUUUUCCCCACAAACACGAUGAGUGAUUCAGAACAACAAGAGCCAGACAAAGUGAGUGAAGCUCCGUGGCCUGAGAAUGGAGAUGCGUGGAGUGACGUGGAUAAUGAGGCCGGGAUGGACUGUGAGCUGCUGCAGGCCAUGGCUGAGGAGGACGAGGAGAUAAACGUCUACAAUGAGGAGACUUUUGGGAUGGAUCUUGACCCACAUGAGACGGCGAACUCCUUGGACGACGCUGGUGUUUCAUUCGGAGAGCCGCUGCCUUCGACACCAUCACCGCCGCCGGCCCCGGGCCCCAAACCGUUGUCCCCCAGCAGCCCCCGUUUUUCUCCUCCCAGGCAGAGGCUACAGCGUCCCACCCGGGUCCCCACAUGGCAGCGGGGCCGGGGACCGAGGUGGAGGAGAGGACAGGGCAGGGGCCAGAUGUUUGAAGACCCGGCCGUGAUGAGGAUAGUGGAGGGACGGCCGAGCCUCAUGAGCCUCGACAGCGCCAUAGUGGACUGCGGGCCCGCCACGUACAGGAACUCCUCCCUGAAUAACAGAGUGGCGCCGCCCUACUGGAAAAACAGGAGAGACUCUGGAUCGAUCCUCCAGGACAGCGCCAUAGUGUGUGUGAUCAGUCAGAGAGGACUGGGUGAGCACGUGGCCUCCGACUUCCUGGAAAUGCCAUAUCCCAUCUCCUCCUAUGGAGUUAGGAGAGGAGAACCCAGAGGAUCCUACUCCAGGAGGCUGUUUGGCCAAAGAGGGCCCUCACAGAUGCAUGGACCGAUGCUGCCACAAUCACCCAUCUUCUCGCGGCAGCCACUGACGCCACGGCACCAUUUCAAUCAGACGGGGAGCUUCCCGUUCGCUCCAAGCCGCCCUUGCCCCUCCACUCCUCGGCCUUUGACUCCCAAGAUAAUUCAGCUUCGCUUCGGUGCCAACUCUCCCAGACCGUCCCCCGUUUACAGCCCCACCGUUAACCCGGUGCAACCUUUAAGUUACGCUGGUCCAGUCACACAGCUCCAUCCUCAACACAAACGACUCCUCAGUCAAAAACAGCGUCUCUUUCAAAGAAAAUCUCAAGGCUGGGACCCUUACUGUAACCUCAUGACGGCCAAAGAAAAGGAGUGGAUCAUUCGCCUGCAGAUGAUUCAGCUGCAGAGCGAGAAUCCGUACCUGGAGGACUAUUACUACCAGGAGUAUUAUCGGCGCUUGGAAGCCAAGAUGGCGGAGGAAGAGCUGGGCAUCAGGAGCAAGAAGGAGCCGCCCAAGCUCACCACGCCGUACAUCACCAAAACGGACGCCUACGCACCAGUUUUCCACAUCGAAGGCUCUCUGGGUCAGGUGGCUGUGUCGACGUGUUACUCGCCUCGCCGCGCCAUCGGUGCAGUUCAUGCGGUCCACACCCUCUGUCCUCUCGAGGAACUAAAAGACACCAGACAACAGCGACUGGAGAUCCUCAGCAAAAUAGAAAAGCUGUUCAUGGUUCUGCUGGAGGUGGAGGAAAGUGAGAGGACGAAAACCUCCAUUUUGUCUGAGGCGGAGGAGAGAAGGUUGCUGGAGAAAACUCAGAGGAACGUGGAGCACAUCUACUCACAGCUGCAACACCACAACUCUCCAGAUUCGGGGGCAGAGUUUCUUCCUUUCUUGAGCGUCGUGAAAGGAAAAAAGCUCCUUGCCCGUCUGUUGCCCUUCCUGAAGAGCGAUUCGGCGCGGAACAUUUUGCACAUCGUGGCCUCCAACCUUCCUACCCUGAUGAGCAGAGAUACUGAGGAGGCUCUCCCGGUGCUCUACCCGUCUCUGCGAAAUGUGAUCGGCGGUCUGACGUUCAGCCAGCUCAUCGACGUCCUCAAAGACCUGACGUCCUCAGAGUCUCUGUCAACGUACGAGUGCCUCUCGCUGGCAUGUCAGAACAAGUUUGGACUGACCUUGCUGUAUGCUCUGCUUUCCCACGGAGAGAAACUGCUUUCUUCAGGCGUUCCUCUUGAGCCCAGCAUUGGUGACUUUGAGACAUGGACUGACAUAAUUUUCCAGGUAGCGGGACAGUUGUCUCAGUGUUCGCUGGUGGAGCCGCUCCUCCUUCCUUCAAACCUGCUAACGCUGUUUUGCCGGUAUCUUGACAAGCGUACUGUGCAUCAGCUAAAAAGCAACUUGGAGUCUUCAGCCGGGUGCCUGGCUCUACCAUCUUAAGGACAACGGUUGCCAAGGUGACGUCCAGAUUAUGACGAGCCGUAGUGUAGAAGAAGCAGAGUCUGUGGUGCCAAGUGAAAUAGAAGUUGUGUAAUAUACUUUAUUUAUUUAUUUUUUGGUUAAAAAUCCUCACCCUCACGUGUCCCCUCACAUUUUUGCACCUUAAACUGUUUAAUUUUUACUUUACCUCCCUUUAGCCUCCUCAAAACAGCUCGUUACUUGGAACCCAUUUCUUUUAACGUUUCUAACAAUAUCAGCUUAUAUAUCUUCAACGUUUGAAUUAAUUUAAUGGCUCUUGAAAUUCCAGUUCAAUCAGUUCAGGAUGAGUUUCAGUAGAUAUGGUGACCCGCUGGAGGAUUAUUUAAUAUUGUAAAGCUGGAACUAUGUUAAUUAACCAUUGAAGGAAGUUGUCAACCCAACAUUAGGAAAUGCAGUUUUGGGUUAUUUUGUAAAAAACAAAAGGUAUUGUGUAUCUGUGUGUAAUGAUGCUAAAUGGGGUCUGUGUGAUGCAAUUUUCACUCUUAAGUCUCAGUUGUAAAUAAUUUUAUUUAUUUAUUUUGUAUUAGUUUGGAAAUGGGGUGGAAAAACAUUUAAAUUGCACUCCUGUAGAGCACUUGC